CUGCCGCAGCAGCCAAAGAAACACCCAUUUUCCCAGUGAGAAGCAGGGUUUGCAGAUUAUCUGUGGCAUCUGGAAGACACUUCCUUUACUGUCACCAACACAUGAGGAAGAUGGACAGAAACAUGGUGAGGGGACCUCUGUAUAAGCAUUUCGACUUGGAAAGAAAAAGUGCCAGGCAAGCUGAAGCCAGACUCAGCCUUAGACUGCAAAAGCUGGAGGUCAUCUGCCUCUAUCACAUGAAAUCGCUCGCCAGGGAGAAGAGGCAGCUUCAGAAAGAACUGCAGCGCCUGCAGCAAGUGGAUAUCAUCAAUAAAAGGUUGUCUUCUUACGUGGGGCAUGAAAUUCAGAAGAGAUCAAAAGAUGUUGUCACCUUCUCGCUACAAACAGGACAGAGGCACACAGUCUCAGAGCCUAAAAUUAGGAUACUGAAAACCAGUAUUACCCAAGAAGUUAAAACUAAGAUUCAGGUGCCCUCUUUACAUGACCCUGCCCUCAAAGAUGCCCUGAGAAGCCAAGAGCGUCUUCCAUCUCAAGGUGAGAGAACCACCUACCGCAAGGAAGGGAACUCACAAGCCCAGGAGGGAGAGCCGGCAAAUACACCGAAGUACACGGACCCCAACAAGGAUGUCUCUGUCUCAUGUCACAACCGACAGGUAUCCAUCAACAAGACAAAAGACAGCCGCGUGUCCAGCCCAGAUGGUGAGAGAAGACCAGCAUCUACUAAUGAGACUAGAUCCAAAACCGCCAAUCAAAAGCGCCAUGGCGAUGCUGAUGUACAAAAUCCCCACAGCUCCAUAGACUAUACAGGAAGCUUCAAAGAUGAAUGCACAAAGCCAACCUUCCUAGAGCUGUUCACAAAGGCCAAAAAUGCCCACUAUCUCCGCCACAGGGUGCCCCCUGAGUCUGAGAGAUUACUUAGCAUCGGGGAGAUAUUUGGACACAGAGAAUACUCACUACCCAGAGCAGGGGGAAAACUGUGA